AAAGGGGGAAAGAAAGGAGCUCUCGGGCAUUUGGAUUCCUAGUUGGUCCCGAGUUCCUUCCCUCCUCCCCCCCUUCUUCCCCUUGGCAUUUGGGGGAGGCUUGGCCCGCCUUGGAACAGAGUCAAACUCCGAAAGGCAUCCUGGAUUUGGGCUCCUUUUGGAGCGCCACUUCUUUGAGUCGCCUGUGCGUCAAAAUACGGAGGGAGAGAGAAAGCAAGCAAGCAAGAGAGAAGUGCUCCCUCCAGGCAAGUCCCCGCCGCCUCCUGCCCUGCAGUGGCUGCUCCGCAUUCUUGGCAUUCCUGGGCUGUGACUCCGAGGUCGGCGACGGCAAGGAGGCAGGCGGGAGGGCUCUUGCUUCUCCAAGCAGCAGCUCCACGCAGGACCGGGGCCGAGGAAGAGCCACGCGGGAGGGAGGGAAGGAGGGAGAGACGGAGGGUGGACCCACACGCUCUGGACGCCUGCCUUUCUCCAUCUAGGCACCAAUCCCCUCCUCUCUGCUUGGCUCUCUCCUCCCUCCAGGCUCCCGAACUUCUUCCCUCCUCCAGCACCCUCCCUUCCUGAAGCUCAAACUUCCUACAAACUUUUCUUUGGAGAGCCUUGUGUGUUGCUUCUUCGGGAGGGGGAAAAGAAAGAAAGAAGAGCCCCUCUUUUUUGCUGCUGACUCCUCAGCCCCCCAAUAUUAUUCAGUCCUCUUCAUUCCCCACCAUCCUCCUUUUCUCCCCUUCCUCUUUCUCCCCUUUCCUUCCUAAUUUUGGCAAAUUCUGUCGGCUCCAACUUGCCCUGUCCCCUUGUUUGGAUUCCUUGGCUAAAGCGGAAGCCUCCUUCAUCCAUCACCGGUGAAUCUUGCGGAUUUUAAAAAAAGAAAUCAAGGCCUAGAGGAAGGAAAGGAGGAGAUCUCGGAGAACUAUACCUUGAGGAGGCGCAGCUGCCUCGAAGGGGUCCCAAACUCAUGUGAAAGCAGGGAUUGCUUUUGGGAUCUGCAUUUGGCAUGGGCAACCUUUCCCAAAUUUGGAGGAGGAGAAGAGUGGCCACCAGAGGAGCAGCGUUCCAAGCUCCCUCCCUAAGAAGACCUCAAGUGUGAAAAGGAAAGGGACGAUUUUCUUCCAGCAGUCAUGCCUUUUGGGCUGAAAUUGCGAAGGACCAGGCGCUACAAUGUCCGGAGCAAGAACUGUUUCAUGACGCGGAUUCGCUUAUUGGACAACAACGUGAUUGAGUGUACGUUCUCAGUGGAGAGCACUGGUCAAGAAUGCUUGGAAGCUGUGGCUCAGAGGUUGGAAUUGCGAGAGACACACUAUUUUGGCCUUUGGUUUCACAGCAAGAGCCAGCAAGUGCGAUGGGUGGAACUGGAGAAACCACUCAAAAAGCAACUGGACAAGUUUGCCAGUGAGCCUCUACUUUUCUUUGGGGUCAUGUUCUAUGUGCCAAGUGUUACUCGUCUGCAGCAAGAAGUCACAAGGUAUCAGUAUUACCUGCAGGUGAAAAAGGAUGUUCUUGAUGGACGAUUGCGAUCUUCAUUUGAGCAAGGGAUAAGGUUGGCUGCACUAGCAGUUCAAGCUGAUUUUGGGGACUACGGUCAAUUUAAAUCUCACGAUUUCCUCCGGGAAUAUGUUUUGUUUCCUAUGGAUUUGACCCAAGAUGAAGCAGUCCUCGAGGAACUGACACAAAAAGUAGCCCACGAGCACAAAAACAAUUGUGGGAUGUCUGCUGCAAAAGCGGAACUUCAAUACAUAAGUGAAGUGGAACGAUUAGAUGGGUUUGGGCAGGAAACUUUCCCUGUGAAGGACAAUCAAGGAAAUGACAUUCAUCUUGGAAUCUUUUGUAUGGGAAUUUUUGUGAAAAACCGAAUGGGAAGGACCACAAUGAUCUACAGGUGGAAUGAUAUUGGCAAUAUAAUGCACAACAAGUCUUCAAUCACUGUGGAACUGCUCAACAAGGAAGAAACAGUGUUUUUUCAUACGGAUGACAUUGAAAAUGCCAAGUAUAUUUCACGGCUGUUUGCAGCAAAACACAAGUUUUACAAGCAAAACAAAAUCUGCACAGAACAAUCAAAUUCUCCUCCUCCUAUUAGACGGCGACCCACCUGGAGCAAAUCAUCCUUGCCAAGGCAGCAGCCAUUUAUUAUGCCUCCUAUCCACAUCCAGUGUGGAGAACAUUACACUGAAACUCACAAUUCACAAGACAGCAUUUAUCAUGGAAAUGAAGAAAUGUUUUACUGUCGAUCUCAGACUAGUUUGGAUAGGUGUGCAAUGGACUUCAGCUACUUGAAUGGCAAUGUGCCAAAUGGAAGCGUAUGCAGUGCUCAGAGUAUGAACUCUCUCAACCACUCACAAAACUUUAUCCAAGCUUCUCCAAUGUCCUCCAACCUUAGCAUCCCUGGAAGUGACAUUAUGAGAGCAGACUACAUCCCAAGCCAUAGACAUAGUGCAAUCAUCGUCCCUUCCUAUCGGCCAACACCAGACUAUGAAACUGUAAUGAGGCAAAUGAAGAGAGGGGUAAUUCACACGGACAGCCAAAGCCAAUCUUUAAGAAAUCUUAAUAUUGGGAACACUCAUGCUUACAACCAACCCAAAGACCUUGUAUACAGCCAACCAGAGAUUCGGGAGAGAGCUCCUUAUGUCAUUCCUUACGGGCCUCAGGGCACUUACAAAACACACAUUGCUCCAUCUGAGCAAGUAAAUCCCAUCAGUGCAGCACAGACAAAAACAGCAGCAACUGCUAUUUCCCACACUGUGAGCACACCAGAGCUAGCCAACAUGCAGCUCCCCAAUAAUCAAAGAUGUGGUACAAUGCAUAUUCUAAAGAACUAUCUUUUCAGGCCACCACCUCCGUAUCCACGUCCCCGCCCUGCUACCAGCACACCUGACUUAGCAAGUCACCGCCACAAAUAUGUUAGUGGUAGCAGUCCAGACCUGGUCACUCGGAAGGUCCAACUCUCAGUGAAGACCUUUCAAGAGGAUAGCUCACCAGUUGUCCACCAAUCUCUCCAGGAAGUCAGUGAGCCUCUCAUGGCGACCAAGCAUCAUACAGGUGUCAACAAGCGCCACAGUUUGGAGUUUAUAAGCAACAUGGUCCGUGAUAUGGAAGCCAUGGCUUUAAAGAGUCUAAAUGCACCUUUACCACGCAGGAAUACUUUGCGUGAGCAGGUGCAACCAGAGGAAGUAGUUCAACGGAGUCAUGAGGUCCAGCAGCUUCCCCACUACCAUCACAAAAAGACCUUCUCAGAUGCCACCAUGCUAAUCCAUAGCAGUGAAAGUGAAGAGGAAGAAGAAGCUGCAGAAUCUGUGCCUCCUAUGGUUGCACUUCAUGAAAACAUGGAAUAUAGUGCUCAGCUCCAAGCUGCCUUGACUAGAAUAUUACAUAAACCUCCUCCUGAGUAUCCUGGACCAAGGAAGAGCAUGAGCAACGGAGCUCUGCGGAAUGACCAGGUGAACGUUCCACUGACUGUGUCCAGAGUCAGGCCUAUGAGGCCAGGGCCUGCAAGGGCCAUUAGCAUAUCUCGAACUGAUCAAAAUUUGGUCAAUGGGUCUUCGCUUGGCCCAUCAAUCUCUGAGCCAGACCUCACAAUUGUAAAGGAAAGAGUCAAGAAAGAACCAGUGAAGGAGAGGCCGGUAUCCGAAAUGUUUUCUAUUGAGGAUAGUAUCAUAGAAAGAGAGAUGAAGUAUCUAGAGAAACAGAAGAUGGCAGGCCUGGAGGCCCAGAAGAGGCCCUUGAUGUUGGCAGCGCUCAAUGGUCUCUCAGUUGCUCGAGUUCCAGUGCCUGAGGAUAGCCAGGAUGAAGGAGCCAAGGUGCCAAUGGAUGAGCGGUGCAGACUUCUGAGAAGAAAACUGGAAGAUGGGAUGGUAUUCACUGAAUACGAGCAGAUCCCAAAGAAGAAAGUGGACGGGAUAUUUACUACAGCAGUUCUUCCUGAGAACAUAGAGCGUAACCGUGUCAGAGAAGUAGUUCCAUAUGAGGAGAACCGAGUGGAGCUAGUGCCAACCAAAGAAAACAACACAGGCUACAUCAAUGCCUCACACAUAAAGGUUACAGUAGGCGGGGAGGAAUGGCACUACAUUGCUACGCAGGGACCUUUACCACAAACAUGUCAUGACUUUUGGCAAAUGGUGUGGGAAGAAGGAGUGAAUGUGAUAGCCAUGGUGACAGCAGAAGAGGAAAGAGGAAGAACCAAGAGCCAUCGCUACUGGCCCAAACUUGGCUCCAAGCACAGCUCAGCCACUUAUGGGAAGUUUAAAGUGACCACCAAAUUCCGCACUGAUUCUGGCUGCUAUGCCACCACAGGUCUGAAGGUGAAGCACCUCUUGUUAGGACAAGAGAAGACGGUGUGGCAUUUGCAGUAUACCGACUGGCCGGAUCACGGAUGUCCAGAAGAACAAGGCUUUCUGUCCUAUUUGGAAGAGAUCCAGUCGGUGCGGCGCCAUACCAACAGUGUUCUGGACAGCAGUAACAACUGCAACCCCCCAAUUGUGGUGCAUUGCAGUGCGGGUGUGGGAAGGACAGGUGUGGUUAUUUUGACAGAACUCAUGAUUGGCUGCCUGGAGCACAAUGAAAAAGUUGAUGUUCCAGUGAUGCUGCAGCAUCUCAGAGAACAGAGGAUGUUCAUGAUUCAGACCAUCGCUCAAUACAAAUUUGUCUAUCAGGUUCUCAUCCUGUUUCUUCAAAACUCUAGACUCAUAUGACAACCUCUGAAGAGGUCCUUCAGUCACAGUUACAUGGCCUUUGGUUCUGGCUGAAAAUCUGUCUUUGUUUUGACAAUAUAUGUUGUUGGGUUUGUUUGUUUGGUUUUUUUUUACAAUAUUUUAUGACACAUGGUCAUUGUUGCCUCAAGAGUAGGAAGACUUUCUUCGACCUACAGAUUCUGUUAUGCAAGAUAAUUUAUUGUUAUUAUUAUUUUCCUGGAAAAUGAUGUGUGAAUUUCCUUAAUUUGUGAAACAUGUAAUGAUUUUUAUUGACACAUCUUCACUGCAACCUGCCCUUAAGUGUAAGAGAUGUUCCCAUCCGAAGAGGUUCUCUUGUCCUUUGCAUUACUGUGUGACAUGUGAGGCUGUUUGCAUAUUUGGAUUUGAGGAAAUAAUGUUUUACAACCUGUUUUUCAGGGCUGACACCAUAAAGACUGUGAUGAAAAAGGCCUCUGUCCAAGUUUUACAAAUUGAUGCAUUUCCAUAAUAUUAUUACGACAGAGCAAACAGUUGCCCUAUGUCCGUAUUCUCCAGCUUGAUGCUGUCCAGAUGUGUUAAAUUGCAGCUCCUGUCUUUCCCAGUCAGGCUAGGGGCAUCAGGUUGUGGAAAGAUGCUGUGCAGGAUGCAUGUUAGAUAACUUUUGGCAUACUUUGCAGAUCCUACAGUUAGGCAAGAAUUAAUAUAAUUCCAUGGUUGGACAUAGAAUGUUGGUAUACAUACACAUACAUACAUACAUACAUACAUACAUACAUACAUG